AUGCUUAUCAAAGUCCAGAAAACACCCUUGAUCAUUCUACAAGAGGAGACAGCAAGAAAAACAAAGCGAAGAAAGCGUUCUGCUAGAAGAUUUAGUAGGGGAAGUUCAGGUUCAUUUCAGAAGCAGUCUGUAAAUCAGGAGUUAGAUCUUGAGUUGGUAAUAACAACAAAAUUGAGAACAGGCAAGUCCUCUGAUCAGAGACAGUUAAACAAUGGAAAUUCUGGUGAUGCAAUUGAAAGUUUAGGCAGAAGAUCUGUUAAGCCUAAUAAGCAAAUAAAGGCAGAGGGAUCUUCAGAAAGGAACAAACUUAAAGAUUUUAAGAUUGAUGUGUGUUCACCUCUGUCAGUUGAAAAUGUCUCACUUGGCAAAGUACAGUCCCAAGGAAAGUGUAUGAAUUCAUCUCUGAUUGCCCACCAUAACAGGCAAUGGAUGUCAGGGGGUAAUGUGAUAAAGACUAAGAAUCAAUUAGAUAAUCCAGGAGAUGUUAUAAUUCAAUACAGAAGAAAGAAGAGCCGUGUAGUUGCUGAUCCAGUUGAAGUUUUGAGAGCCAACGAAGGAAAUUCCAAACUGGACUUCAAUUCAUCUAGGGAAGCUAGAAACAGCAAAUUGAAUCACAAAGAUCAAUUUGUUCAAAGAAAGGCAGAGGCAUCUUCGGAAGGUACCAAACUUAAAGAGUUUGAGAUUGAUGUGUGUUCUUCUGUGUCAGUUGAAAAUAUCUCACUUGCCAAGGGACAGUCCCAAGGGAAGUGUAUGAAUCUAUGUCCUGUUGCCCAAAGAAACAGCCAAAGGAUGUCAGAGGGUAAGUUGAUGAGGACUAAGAAUCUAGGAGAAAGGAUAAAUGAUGGUGUUAUAAUUCAAUACAGAAGAAAGAGGAGCCGUGUAGUAGUUGAUCCAGUUGAAGUUUUGAGUGCUGAUAGAGAAUAUUCCAAAUUGGACUUCAGUUCAUCUUGCGAAACUAGAAACAGCAAAUUGAAUCAAGAUGAUCAAUCGAUUCAAGAGGUCACCACCAUAACCAAUUCCUUAAGAUCAAAUUCAUGGAGAUAUCCAAGAGGGAAAAGAACAUAUCGUAGUGUACGAAGACAUUCAAGUGGACCUAAUAACAUGCAUGCCUCAUUCACAACAGUAGAUGGAAAUGACAGAAAUCUUCAUUGUAUUGAAAAAACUGAUGAACCAGAUUCUGCUGGUGCUAUUUCAAACUGUGAAUCAGAUGCCAUCAAUACAAGAGUAUUUCCUACAGGUUUGUGCAGAGCCAGGGCAUCUAUGCAAUCUGGAAGUCUAAAUGGGAAAGAUUAUAUAUCAUCUACUGGUGGUGCAGGAAAGAACCAUAAGUUGGAGGUGUUAUCAAACAAGACUACUGAGCCAUCUGGUUCAGAAAAAACUAUUACAUUUAGCUCCGCCAAGGGCAUAAAUAUGGCAACAUCCAAUUGUAUAUAUUAUGAUUAUCACAGAAAACCACGCAACAAAAACCUACAAAAAUCAUCCUUUUUGAAAGAGCUUUUAAUACUGGGUGUCCCUGAGUCAACACCUGAGAUUACCUGGAAAGACUCAAGAAGACGAAGAGAUAUGGCAUUUGUUCGAGUCUUGUUUAGCCAGCACUUGGACAACAAUAUCAUCAAGCAACAGAAAAAGAUCCUGGGAUGGCUGGGCAUAUCCGUUGCGUCAUGUUGCAGGGAUGCCACACAUUUCAUAGCUGACAAAUUUGCAUGUACAAGGAAUAUGUUGGAAUCCAUUGCUCUAGGAAAACCAGUGGUGACACAUUUAUGGCUAGAGAGCUGUGGACAAGCAAGCCGCUUCAUUGAUGAGAAAAAUUACAUUCUGAGGGAUACCAAAAAGGGAAAGGAAAUUGGCUUUAGCAUGCCUGUCUCACUAACUCGUGCAAGCCAACAUCCAAUUCUAAAGGGUCACAGAGUCAUCAUUACCCCAAGUAUAAAACCUGAUAAAGAAAUGGUUACAAGCUUGGUCAAAGCAGUUCAUGGCCAGCCAGUGGAGAGAAGUCAAGUAUUUCCAGCAAAGGAUGAAAAGAUCCUAGAUGAUCUUUUGAUUCUUUCUUGUGAAGAAGAUCAUGCAAUCUGUAGGCCUUUCCUUCAGAAAGGAGCAGCAGUUUACAGUUCAGAGCCUUUACUGAAUGGAAUAGUUAUUCAGAAAUUGGAAUACGAAAGCUGUUCACAAAUCAAGAGGAAUCUCUAUAGCACAUGAUCAAGAAGCCACUUGCUAUAACAGUAGCAUUGCAUUUUUGCAAUCGAAUUAAUAAUCUGAAUCUUUGUAGCACAUGAUCAAAGAAAGAUGAUGACUUUUGUCUUUGUGUAAGCAUGUAUUUAGUUUUCCCUUAUUGGUUUUUGCGUUUGUGGGUGCUAGAAUUCCUUGCAGCCGAAUCAGCUUUCUGCUGGAAAGGGAGGGGUUGGUCAUUUUUGUUGUAAAUUAUAUAUCAGUAGUUCACCGGAGUUCUUUUGGUAAUCAUAGAAAUUUUUUGCAUAUUUGUUUCAUGUCAAAACUCAUCAAAUUUCUUUGGGAAAAAAGAGCACUAAAUUGUUGUCUACUAAUCAAUGUAGUGUAGUGUAGUAUAGCGUAAGCAUUAUGCCAGGAUUUGGGGGUUUGUAAU